AGUAGCCUGAAUGGCCAGUCAUAUAGCCGAUAUAUUUUAAGGUACACAAGUGAUCAGUAAACUUUUUGAACAAGUUUGUGGUACAUCCUUAUUUCAGACGGAAGACAUAAAAACUCUGACCAAUGCUACGCUAUUUCUGCGCCCUUUCCCCUGAAAUCCUCUUUCAACAGACUUCCACGAGCGUUGGAUGGAAAUACACAGAGUGGGCUAGGCUACCUACAGUCGGACUAGCACGAGUUUGACACAACAACUGAACUACUGCAUGCUUCAAAAACACAGCUGUUUUUUGAGUUUAUCGAAACCUUUGUAUGCAACGUUGUCCACCAAUUAUCUUCAAAAUGAACUUUGCGAAGUUUAUUUUAUGCUGGAAUGCAGUUUACCUACACGUUUACGCACAGGUUCAUCCAGAGGUCGGCAUCACAGCACUGGAGCAGAUAUACCUACUGUAUGAUGUCAAAGUUGAGUGUCAUCAGAACAUCUCUACACACAACCCUGCAGAUGAUCUUUGUCCCCCUGGCUGGGAUGGUCUGAUCUGUUGGCCCCAGGGAUCCACCGGAGUGUUAACCAAGGUCCCCUGCCCCAGCUACAUCUAUGACUUCAACCAUGAAGCUCAUGCAUACAGGAAGUGUGACAUCAACGGUUCCUGGGUUUCUGUGGAGGGGUUGAACCGAACGUGGUCCAAUUAUUCCAACUGCUUGAGAUUCCUUUUAACUGGUCAAGAGGAGGAAAAGCAGGACUUCUUUGACCGGCUGUACGUCAUGUACACCAUUGGAUAUGCACUGUCCUUCAUCUCUCUUCUAGGGGCCAUUGUCAUCAUAGGCUACUUCAGAUGCCUCCACUGCACUAGGAACUACAUCCACAUGCACAUGUUCAUGUCCUUCAUGCUGCGUGCCGUCAUCAUCUUUGUCAAAGACAAGGUGUUCCACACCAAUGGAGAUCUGCAGGAAUUUGACACAGCGCUCAUGGACAACUACAAGACCAUCUCUGCUAAGCCUCUUGACAAAUCCCAGUUUGUUGGAUGCAAGAUCACUGUGUUGCUCUUCAUUUACUUCCUGACAACCAAUUACUACUGGAUCCUAGUAGAAGGGCUGUACCUCCACAGGCUCAUUUUCAUGGCCUUCUACUCGGACACCAAAUACCUGUGGGGCUUUACCCUGUUUGGAUGGGGUGUCCCUGCUGUCUUCGUCGCCGCCUGGGCUGUUGUCCGGGCAACGUGGGCAGACACACGAUGCUGGGAGUUAAGUGCGGAUAACAUUAAAUGGAUCUAUCAAGUUCCCAUCCUUACAGCCAUUGUUCUCAACUUUAUUUUGUUUGUGAAUAUUGUGCGAGUGCUGGCCACGAAAAUCAGAGAGACGAAUGCUGGGAGAUAUGACACUCGGAAGCAAUGCAGGAAACUGGCUAAAUCCACUCUAGUGCUGGUGCUGGUGUUCGGGGUCCACUACAUAGUGUUUGUGGGCAUGCCACACUCGAUCAAAUGGGUCGGAUGGGAGGUCCGAAUGUACUGUGAGCUCUUUUUCAACUCUUUCCAGGGAUUCUUUGUGUCCAUUAUCUACUGCUACUGCAAUGAAGAGGUCCAGGCAGAGAUCAAGAAGACCUGGACCCGCUGGAACAUGGUGUUCGACGGGAAGGGACCGGCGACAUGUCUCAACCAGACCUCUACCAGUCAGCCGCAGCCGCUGGCCGUGAUCUCUAGCCACGUGUACCGCAGCAGCCAAGCCAGGCACAGCGUCAGCACCCACACCACCUUGCCCGGCUACGUGUUCAGCAACUCUGAGGUGGAUCGCCUGCCCCCAUCCAUCACAGAGGAGCCAGACGAGAGAGCAAAGCAGGUGGACGACAUCUCCCUCCGAGAGUCCUUACCUGUGGUGAAUAACACCAGCAUAGGAGAGGACUUGGAGGAGACACUGUAGAGAGAGAGUAGGGGGAAAGUGGGAAUGUACAGCUGACAACAAUUGUGUUAUUAUAUCUUUGAUGUUUUGCGGCUACUAUAUAUCACCAUAUCCUUGUCUUACGCCAGAUAGCGCUUAAGAUUUGCCUCCCGGGUGGGGCAGUGGUUAAGGGCGCUGUACUGCACCGCCAGCUGUGCCAUCAGAGACUCUGGGUUCGCGCCCAGGCUCUGUCGUAACCGGACGCGACCGGGAGGUCCGUGGGGCGACGCACAAUUGGCCUAGCGUCAUCCGGGUUAGGGAGGGUUUGGCCGGUAGGGAUGUCUCAUCGCGCACCAGCGACUCCUGUGGCGGGCCGGGCGCAGUGCACGCUAACCAAGGUUGCCAGGUGCACGGUGUUUCCUCCGACACAUUGGUGCGGCUGGCUUCCGGGUUGGAUGCGCGCUGUGUUAAGAAGAAGUGCGGCUUGGUUGGGUUGUGUAUCGAGCCCGUACGGGAGUUGUAGCGAUGAGACAAGAUAGUAGCUACUAAAACAAUUGGAUACCAUGAAAUUGGGGAGAAAAAGGGGUAAAAUAAAAAAAUAAAGAUUUGCUGUUGUUUUCUAUAUGAUCAUUGGUUAUUAUUGUCAUGGGCUGUUAUUUGUCACUUUGAGUGGUGGCUAGACAAUCAGACAGGUCUGUGGCUAAAUAUGGACUGGAAGUGCUGCAGCUACAGACUAGUUUGUGUCUGUGUCAUUCCUAAUGCUGAGGACAAUUAUAGUUCCUUCAGAAAGUAUUCACACCCCUUGACUUUUUCCACAUGUUGUAUUACAACCUGAAUUUAAAAUGGAUUAACUUUAGAUUGUCACUGAUCUACAGUGAAAUUGUACAUGUCUACAUGUCAGUGGAAUGAUGUUUUUAGACAAUAAAGCUACAGAAAAAUCUAUUCUCCAAAUGGCAUGUGGUUUCAGCCACAGUUUAUCUGAACAUGUCAAUUGGCUAGUUUGUGGUAGUACUGUAGUGAAGUAGGAUACCUGUAAAAUAAAAAUGUCCAUGUGUUUUCGUAGCUUUAGAAUUCAUUAAUUGCACACUUUUCGGUAACACUUUUAACUUGUCAUAACCCAUAUAUUUAAGCCUGUUGUGACAUAUAUUGCAUUAUUUUAUGGCUGGUCAAAACCCAUUCAUUUUUUCUCUGCCAAGAAGUUUCCUUUCAUUUGAAAGUCUGUUUCUUAAAUCCUUUGUUGUUUCAAUUAAUUCUUAAAAGUAAUGUUUGGUUUUUUAGGCCUGCACUGCAGCGCUAGCUGUGCCACCAGAGACUCUGGGUUCGCGCCCAGGCUCUGUCGCAGACGGCCGCGACCGGGAGGUCUGUGGGGCGACGCACAAUUAGCGUCGGCAGGGUUUGGCCGGUAGGGAUAUCCCUGUCUCAUCGUGCACCUGUGGCGGGCCAGGCGCAGUGCGCGCUAACCAAGGUUGCCAGGUGCACGGUGUUUCCUCUGACACAUUGGUGCGGCUGGCUUCCGGGUUGGAUGCGCGCAGUGUGGCUUGGUUGGGUUGUGUUUUGGAGGACGCAUGACUUUCGACCUUCGUCCCGAGCCCGUACGGGAGUUGUAGCGAUGAGACAAGAUACCACGAAAAAGGGUGUAAAAUUCAAAACAAACAACAAAAAAGUGUAUCAUAUUUUAAAUAACUUGUAGAAAAUACACUUUAUGACACAGUCAAGAAGCAUCAUGACCAUCAUAAUCAUGUAAGCCAGAUAGGCCUAUCACGUACAUACCCUUAAAUCAGUCAUCAGCAUUCAUCCCAGUCAUCAGCAACAGAGCAUUGGGGUAGGUGCAUGUCUGACAAUGUGUGCGCAAAUACAAUUAUAAUUGAAUAUGGUAAAAAAAUUAAAAUAUAUAACAAACAUACUGUUGACACGUAGGCUAUGGUGUAAUGGAAUGUUUUGCCUCGUGUGGUAGGGUUUAUGUGUUUUGACACUUGUAUAGAUGUCAAAAUCAGCCAUAAAAUUAAUACAAUAUACAGUUGAAGUCAGAAGUUUACAUACUUAGGUUGGAGUCAUUAAAA